GGAAGUCCCACUUGUCUCCGGAGUCUGUUCCGGAAGUGCUGCUGUAACGGGCGUGAUGGCUUCAAGGUUACUUCGCGGAGUGGGAGCGCUUGCCCUGCAGGCCUUGAGGGCCCGCGGUCCCAAUGCGGCUGCCGCCGUGCGCUCCAUGGCGUCUGGAGGUGGUGUUCCUACUGAUGAUGACCAGGCUACUGGACUGGAGAGGGAGGUCAUGAUGGCUGCGCGGAAGGGACUGGACCCAUACAAUAUGCUAGCCCCAAAGGCAGCUUCGGGCACCAAGGAAGACCCUAAUUUAGUCCCCUCCAUCAGCAACAAGCGAAUAGUGGGCUGCAUCUGUGAAGAGGACAACAGUGCUGUCAUCUGGUUCUGGCUGCACAAAGGCGAGACCCAGCGCUGCCCUAGCUGUGGAACCCAUUACAAGCUGGUGCCCCACCAGUUGGCCCACUGAACCCCUGAACUCACUUAAAGUGUGCUAGGUUUCUUCUUUCCAAUAAAGACUAGCCAUUGUUUUGGCUCUUUCUCCCAGA